UCCCUUCAGAGAACACACAACAUGAACGGAGAGAGAGCGAUCACGGGAGCAGUGGAGGAAUGACGUCAUUCUUUCAACAAGGGAAACAAUCCGGGAGCGAGCUCCCGAGUUCCCGAGCGAGCGACAGGCACUUGAAUAGCCCAACUUUUAAUGUAUUCAGGCCGGGCCAGGCCACUAACAUACAUCGAGAUACUGGAGUUUAUCCGCAAUUACUCCGUUUCUAUUCAUUGGUACUUGCACUUAAGCUUUCAGUAACGGCGGUUAAUUCCGCCAACAAGGUUUGGUAUCAAUCAAGCUCAGCAUAUUUCUCUUUGAGUCCAACUUUGUAAGGGGCUCUCCUCGACCUCUGGGAGACUGCAUGGACCAGGCCAACCAUGAAGAGCCUCAAAGCCAAGUUCAGAAAGAGUGAUGCCCAUGAGUGGAAUAAGAAUGACGAGCGUUUGCUGGCUGCAGUGGAACACGGGGAGGUGGACAAAGUCGCCGCCUUGCUGGCCAAGAAGGGGGCUAGCGCUGUCAAGCUGGACAGUGAGGGGAAGUCUGCCCUCCAUGUUGCUGUGACACGGGGCCAGAUUGAGUGUCUGUCUGUCCUCCUGGCCCAUGGAGCAGACCUGUCCGUCACAGAUGCCUCAGGUCUGAGUGCUCUACACCUAGCUGCCAAACACAAUCAUCAGGAGUGUGCCAAGAAGCUGGUCCAGAGUAAAUGUGCCGUUGAUACUGUGGACGCCUCAGGAAGAACUGCCCUCCAUCACGCAGCUGCCAGUGGGAGUGCUCCAGUUGCCCUGCUGUUGUGUGAACACAAGAGCCCUGUCAGUCUACAAGAUGCUGAGGGUCUCAGUCCCUUGCUGUUGUCGGCCAGACACGCUCAUGCUGACGUGUGCAGCGUCCUGCUGGACUGGGGGGCCGACAUCAACACAUGUGACCACAACGGCAGGACUGCAGUGAUGCUGGCUAGUGAGUCCAGCAGUGGUUCGGCCGUUGAGGUUCUGGUCCAGAGAGGGGCGGACCUGCGUGCUGUGGACUCACUGGGUCAUGAUGUCAUGCACUACGCCAAGCUGUCUGGGAGCAGCCAUGUUAAAUCUCUGCUCACUGCUGCCCUGCACACACACUCCGAACCAGGUGAGAAACACACACUAAAGGCCUGCUCACACCAAGGACGAUAA